AAAAAAACUUGCGGCAGGAACUUCCUACCAAGGGCAAGCAAAACAAGCGAGCUGGAGGCAGGGAGAGACCCAAAAUGUCUCAAUAACUCUAAAAACACACCAAAACACUCCUUCAGGCGAUGAGGAUGGCAUGCCGCUAUAAAUUCAUUGUUCCACCUCCUCGCAUCUUCACAGCGCUCGCGCUGCUCUCGGCGCUCGCAGCGGCGGACUGGGGAUGACCGCGGGUAGGAGGACGCCGCCGCCGCCGGAGGGACACGGACGGACGCACCGGUUCCUCGGCUCGCCGCAGGCCACCCCCUGCGUUUUUGGUUUAAUUUUUAUGGCCUUUUCCCGACUCUUUCUGCUUUUCUUCCUGCUUCCAGCAGAGCCGAGGAAAUCCACAAAAUAAGGAAGGAAGGAAGGAAGGGGGCUGCAGAGCCUGGAACCUCCGCAGCCGGCGGGUCCCCGAGCGCCAUGGGGACCGGAGGCGGUGCGCGCUAGCUGCCGGCUGGGUGCGCGGGUUCUCCGCUACUUUUCUCGGUGCGGCGACUGCGCCUGCAUUUCCCUUUUCUCCUUCUCCUGUAUUUGCUGAAUCUCCACCACCUGGCGUUUGUCACUCUUUAUUUUUACCCCCUCUUUCUUUUUUCUUUUCUUUUUUUCUUUUUUUCCAUUUCCUCUCUUCCCAGACCACAAAUCCAAACAUUUUCCAAACCAACAAAGAAAAGUUCGCACGCCGGCGUCGCGGCCGGGACAGGCUGGCGCGGCUGCGGGUCCCCCUCCCGCUCCCUCUGACACUUGACUCAGCCCGCGAGCCGGAGUGUGGAUGCCCCCUCCCCCGCCCCGGAACUUCCCCAGCGAAUAACAAACACCCAUAAAGUCCCGGCGGCGCGGCCCCUCCCCGCGGGCAGCGCACUAUGCUGCUCGGGUGGGCGUCCUUGCUGCUGUGCGCGUUCCGCCUGCCCCAGGCCGCGGCCAGCGCCGCCGCGGCACCUGCCCAGGAUAAAGCCGGGCAGCCUCGGGCUGCUGCAGCGGCCCCCCAGCACCGCCGGAGGCAGGGGGAGCACGCGCCGCUGCGGGUCGAGCCUCCGGGCCACCCGCACGCCCUGGCCCCGCAGCGCAGGGGCCGGGGGCUCCUGCAGAGCAUCGACCGGCUCUAUUCUGGUGGCGGCAAGGUGGGCUACCUGGUCUACGCGGGCGGCCGAAGAUUCCUCUUAGACUUGGAGAGGGACGGUUCGGUGGGCGCAGCUGGCCUCUUUCCCGCAGGAGGAGGGCUGAGCGCGCCCCGGCGUCACCGCAGCCACUGCUUCUACCGGGGCACGGUGGACGGCAGCCCUCGUUCCCUGGCGGUCUUUGACCUCUGCGGGGGUCUCCGUGGCUUCUUCGCGGUCAAGCACGCGCGCUACACCGUAAAGCCGCUGCUGCGCGGGCCGUGGGCGGAGGCAGACACCCCGCGCGUGUACGGGGAUGAGUCUGCGCGGAUUCCGCACGUCUACACCCGCGAGGGCUUCAGUUUCGAGGCCCUGCCACCACGCGCCAGCUGCGAGACCCCCGCGUCCCAGCCCGGGCCUCACGAGCGCCCCCCUGCGCACAACAGUCCAGGGCGACACUCGACGGUGGACCCGCAGCUCCCAGAGCUGUCAGCUCUUUCUCCUGCUGGGGACCCGGGACAGCAGAUUUGGUGGCGGCGGCGACGCCGCUCCAUCUCGCGGGCGCGCCAGGUGGAGCUGCUACUGGUGGCCGAUGGGUCCAUGGCGAAAAUGUACGGCCGAGGCCUGCAGCAUUACCUGCUGACCCUGGCUUCCAUUGCCAACCGACUGUACAGCCACGCCAGCAUCGAGAACCACAUCCGCCUGGCGGUGGUGAAGGUGGUGGUGUUGGGAGACAAGGACAAGAGCCUGGAGGUGAGCAAGAACGCUGCUACCACGCUCAAGAACUUUUGCAAAUGGCAGCACCAGCACAACCAGCUGGGAGAUGACCAUGAGGAACACUACGAUGCUGCCAUCCUGUUCACUAGAGAGGAUUUAUGUGGGCAUCAUUCAUGUGACACCCUGGGAAUGGCAGACGUUGGGACCAUAUGUUCUCCGGAGCGCAGCUGUGCGGUGAUUGAGGAUGAUGGUCUCCACGCAGCUUUCACUGUGGCUCACGAAAUUGGGCAUCUACUUGGCCUCUCUCAUGAUGAUUCCAAAUUCUGUGAGGAGAAUUUUGGUUUGACGGAAGAUAAGCGCUUAAUGUCUUCCAUCUUAACCAGCAUUGAUGCUUCAAAACCUUGGUCGAAAUGCACCUCAGCCACUAUGACCGAAUUCCUGGACGAUGGCCAUGGUAACUGUUUGCUAGACGUGCCGCGGAAGCAGAUCCCAAGCCCAGAGGAGCUGCCGGGACAGACCUAUGAUGCCACGCAGCAGUGCAACCUGACCUUCGGGCCUGAAUACUCUGUGUGUCCCGGCAUGGAUGUGUGCGCCCGGCUGUGGUGUGCCGUGGUGCGCCAGGGCCAGAUGGUGUGUCUGACCAAGAAGCUGCCAGCCGUGGAAGGGACGCCCUGCGGGAAGGGGAGAAUCUGCCUGCAGGGCAAGUGCGUGGACAAAACCAAGAAGAAAUACUACUCAACAUCAAGUCACGGGAACUGGGGUUCUUGGGGGCCCUGGGGCCAGUGCUCUCGCUCAUGUGGGGGUGGCGUACAGUUUGCCUACCGCCACUGCAAUAACCCUGCACCCAGAAACAGUGGCCGCUACUGCACGGGGAAGAGGGCCAUCUACCGAUCCUGCAGUGUCACGCCCUGCCCACCAAAUGGUAAAUCUUUUCGUCAUGAGCAGUGUGAGGCUAAAAAUGGCUAUCAGUCUGAUGCAAAAGGAGUCAAAACGUUCGUGGAGUGGGUUCCCAAGUAUGCUGGAGUCCUGCCGGGUGAUGUGUGCAAACUGACCUGCAGAGCCAAGGGUACAGGCUACUAUGUGGUCUUUUCUCCAAAGGUGACCGAUGGGACCGAAUGCAGACCAUACAGUAAUUCUGUCUGUGUGAGAGGGAAAUGUGUGCGCACUGGCUGUGAUGGAAUCAUUGGAUCAAAGCUGCAAUAUGACAAAUGUGGAGUAUGUGGCGGGGACAACUCCAGUUGUACAAAGGUUAUUGGAACCUUCAAUAAAAAAAGUAAGGGUUACACUGAUGUUGUAAGGAUCCCUGAAGGGGCAACGCACAUAAAAGUCCGGCAGUUCAAAGCCAAAGACCAGACUAGAUUCACUGCCUACUUAGCCUUGAAAAAGAAAAACGGUGAGUAUCUUAUCAAUGGGAAGUACAUGAUCUCCACGUCCGAGACCAUCAUCGACAUCAAUGGCACAGUCAUGAACUACAGCGGCUGGAGCCACCGGGAUGACUUCUUGCAUGGCAUGGGCUACGCGGCCACAAAAGAAAUUCUGAUUGUGCAGAUUCUCGCUACAGAUCCGACUAAGGCAUUAGAUGUCCGCUACAGUUUUUUUGUUCCCAAGAAGUCCACUCCAGCAGUAAACUCUGUCACUAACCACGCCAGCAAUAAAGUGGGACUGCACACCCCACAGCUACAGUGGGUGACAGGCCCGUGGCUCGCCUGUUCAAGGACCUGUGACACAGGCUGGCACACAAGGACGGUGCAGUGCCAGGAUGGAAACCGGAAGCUGGCAAAGGGUUGUCUUCUCUCCCAGAGGCCUUCUGCAUUUAAACAGUGCUUGCUGAAGAAAUGUUAGCCCGCGACUAUGCUCUUAUGCACAAAGAUACCUGGAGGAUGUGUCACGGAUACAGUUGUGAUGAACAAGAGGUCUACUCCAUGCACAGAAAGUCACGUUGCAGCGUCAUUGUCACCAAGAGUCAAAUUAUGGGCAGAAUCUGCUCUCUGUGACCAAAAGAAGUUGUGUGCACUGCUUGAUGUGACAAUGGUGACCUUGAAAUAUAGAAAAACUUGGGAGUUAUUUAACAUCCCCUGGGCCUGCAAGAACAAAAAGUACAGACAUAAAAUAUUAAUGAAUGUAGAAUCAGGGGACAUUUGAAGGUAGCAGAACAAUCUCCCCUUUGUCACCUACCUCUUAUAGAAUGUCUUCAAAGGCAUUAUCAUCAGUUUCACCCAUGAUACACGGUAGUUUAUUUUUACUGUUUGUAAGUGCAUUUUCCCUUGGUAUGUCACUUUAUAUCACUUGGUUCUAUUUAUAUUUGUGUGUGUGUGUGUGUGUGUGUGUGUUUCUAUCAAAAAGUGUUUGACCAAAGUAGGUCUACAGCUAUUUCAACUCCCAGUUUCCAGAAAGAGCUGUGGAUAUUUUACUGGAAAUUAAGAACUUGCUGCUGUUUUAGUAAGAUUUAGUAUAUUUUCUGACUACAAGAGACAAAAUCUAUUCAAAAAGCAUUUUAACAGCAAGCAUUUUCUGAGAAAUUCUGAAAAGAAAAAACAACUCUCAGUGUAUUUAGUCAUUUAAAUGUAUACCUGGGUCCAUCUACCUAAUCCUGUGCUGCUUGUAUUUUUUUUUUCCAGGCAGCCAGCCAGAUUAACAUACCAAUAGAAUGUAGAAAUAGUGUUUGUUUGUCUCUCUCUGUGUGUGUGUGUGUGUGUGUGUGUGUGUGUGUGUGUGAACAGUAUUCAAGAGUAAAAAUUAAUUUCCUUGUGUUGAAAUUUUAAAGAAAAAAAUAUAUGUCACCAUGUUUUCAAUUUGUAUUUUCACCACUGCUUGCUCUUUCCAUGGCUCUGAACUGCGAUCUUACAAUGUGUAAUAUACAUACAGAACACACAGCACAGAGAUUUCUGUUACAUCCAACACCUUCAACAUUGGUAUACCUCUUACCAGCAAGCCUUUAAAAUGUUUGUUUUUGCUUGUUUGUCUGUUUCAUUUAAGGUUCUGAAAAUCUACAGUGUUUUGUACUUCUUUUUUGGCUUGGUUUAAUAUGAAAGGUCACUUGGUAAUAAGCCACAUCUAGAAGAGGUAAUUAUCAUUAAUGUAGUUAAUAUUUUUUAAAAAGUGGUUAACAUUAGUAAGCUGUUUCCACACCACAGGCAAUAAUUUCUUAAUUUUAAUAUAAGGAAUUCCUGCUGUAUGAAAGAUUUUCCCACUUGAAAAGUGUUAGACUCUACCAGUACAUGAGUGAGCGAUAAAAAUGUUAUGAUUUUCAGGAAGUCUAUUGCAUUUAUUUACAUAUCUUAUCUAGAUAGGAUAUAUAAUGUUGAAGAAUCAGGCAUUGAAAAUGUUUUAUAAUCACAUGCAUGAAAAUUUAUUUUUAGAUUGUAAACUGCAUUAUCCACAUGCCCGUAAUUCAGAAAAUCAAAGAUGUUCAGGCUAUAAGGAUUUAUUUUUCUUUGUGACAUAGUAAAAAGCCAGUCAUUUUAUAUAAAAUUUUAUAAACCAUACCAAAUGUGCCUAUUGUUAAAGAUAUAAAUAUAAGAAUUUUAGGGAAUCAUUGAUUGGGUUCCAUUAAACUUAAGAGAAUUUAUUUUUAGUAUAAGCUAUUUUUAUUAUAAAAGAAUUAUGUAAUUGGUAUCACUAUAUCACAUUAAUUCAUUCAUUUCAGGGGCCAUGAAAACAUAUUUUUCUGAUUUUAAAUAUUUUCUUAAGAAAUUAUUUUUUAAGAGAGAUAACUGUCUUAUAAAACCACUAAUCGUUUUUUGGGUUUGCAUAGAAUGGUUUUGCUUCAGAUGUAGUAAUUUUAUCUUAAGGAGCUAUCAUUUCAAGAAUUGAACCUGCACAAGACCAGUAACCUAGAUUUGAUGGAGACCACCAGAUAACAAGGCCAAGGACAGGGAACAAAAUAGUCAGUUUGCUCAAGAAAAAAAAAAUUCUUUUAAAUUCACACUGACAUUUGACUGUGAGAAUGAAAUUAAUGCAAAGUUCAAUAUUACUUUAUCCAGUUUUGAAAUUAUUUUAAUCAAGUAUUCAAAUGUGACAAAAUUCAUUUUCAUCUUUCAUGAUUAUAUUUCCAGCAACAUUAAAACUUAUUGAAGAGUAAACAUGGUUGUUUCCUACUCUACUUUACCAUAUUAUAUUCAUAGUUUUAUAAUAGUAUUAUCAAUGAUUCACUGUUUCCCAAAUUCAUGAAGUUCUAUACUCCUCACUGAAACAAUCCUAGAACAUUUAGAAUAAAUUAGUCACUACUCAGGUUUUUUAAGUUUUUAAGUUUUAAGUCUCCUCUUUUUAUUUUUUAAACAAGUUUCACUGCAUUGACUGAGGAAUGUAUGUCUCAACUCCUGAGAAAAUUUGAAUAAACUGAAAACUGAAAUUCAGAGAAAUUGAAUGUUUAGUAGCUAAAAAAAAAUAAUGGUGAUGAGCAAAAGAAAACUGCUGUAGGACUAUGAUUCAGUCAAGUCUGAUUUAAUACUGUCUUUCACAUUUCUGUAUCCGCAUUUUGAAUUUAAAAAAAAAAAAAGUUCUAGGAUUCACGAUGUUGAAAAGAGAAAAAGAAGUUUGUUUAAAAUGCUCAGGUUUGUAAGAAUUUAAUCUCAUUUGCAUAAGUUAGCAUUCCAUAUCAAGUUUUUUUGAGUCUCAAGGGAGCCCAGAAGAAAGUAUCAGUUAUCUCUUCUAGAAUAGAAAAGGUUAAAUUAAGCCCUGCCUUGUGGGUCAGAAGUAUAAGAACAUUGUUGCAAUUUAUUUAACAAAUUCAAUUUCCUUUGCCUUCCUGUGGAAACAGUUUUAUCCCAUUAAACUAAGAAUUAAGGGAUGAAUCACAAACAAAAAAAGUUGCAGCACUGAAGAAUAAGUAAUUUAUUGUUUUUGCAACUUGUAUGUGAAUUUGUGUGACAAAAUUAUUUAUUCUUAUUUAACAAAAUAUGUGCAAAUUCUUCUAUAUUUAAAGCGUUCUCUUAUUGUCCUACUUUAUAAUUUAUGCUUCAUGUUUGUGUAUAAAGUACAGUUUUGUGUGUUUACAUAAUAUACAGCACUGGUUGCUUUUGAAUUUUUUAUACUGAAAGCUUUCUGUGCAAAUCAAGUGUAUGUAUAUAUUCUUAUAUUCCCAUGUUUCCUUCUUCUGAUACUAUCAUUCUUCUUUCCAAGGAAAUUUUAAAUUUAAUCUUUCCUGAUCAGUAGUGUUCAUUACCUGUAGCCACAUUAAUAGGUCUUUUAUAUGUCAUUAACACUAAUGUUUUCUAGUCACAGAUAAGAAAAAAAUGCUGAUUGAAUCAAACAAGAUGCAAGCUGUAAAUGUGAGCAUACAGAUAGCCUAGAACCGAGGCGGUGAAUCUAUGGCCCGCGUGCCACAGCAGGCUCUUUGCAUCACUGAAAGUUCUCAAAAGUUCAUCAUCCCUGAACUAGAAGCUUUCCAUAGAAGCUAAGACACAUUAAAGAAACAGGUUCAUUCACAUGAGGGAUACACACAAAGCCCUGUUGAUGUGCCAUCUGACGGUCCUUUAGCACACAACUUUUGAGCGGUAAGGAUAGCAAUGAAAGCAAAGCUGGUCUUUUGCAGUGUGAGAAGCACUGCCUGAAAUUGGUAUCAUUUAGUCUGUAGUGUCUAUAGCAUUCUGUAGAUGAGCACCAAAACAUUGGAUUUCUGUGAUUUAGGUGCCAGUGAUUUUAAACAUUAAUCACAUGAAAUAUUAUUAUUUUAUAAUUCUACGUCAUCGAAAGCUACAAUUAUCUUGGGGAGAGGCAGCAGCAAGACUCUGAAAACACUACCUUGCCUCUGACAGAUUCCCUAGUAAGGCAAAGCAUCCUUGGACUUACAGCCCAAUCCGUGGGCUCUAUCUCUGCUUCUGCUUCCCUCCCUGACUCUUGGCUAACUGUGGCAGUUGAACAGUUGAGGUGAUGACAGCAGUCAGAUUGAGAAGUUUGGGACUUGUCCUAUGGCUUUGUAAAAUAAGGUUGAAUUUAAUAGGCCCAAAUCUUGCUAGUAAUCUAGGUCUGAAUGUGAAAUUUCAUUGGCCAAAUGGGUGGAUAUUAGUAAAUCCUUGCAAUUAAAUUUGAGUCCAAAUACCUUAUUUUCAUACAGUUCAAAGCUAUGAAUAAAUAAAAUAACCAUGAGUAUAGAAGUACAUAUAAGAAACAAGUUCUAGAUGUUUUGUCAUUUAGACUCAAAGAAAAGGAAUUUAUGUUUUCCUAUUAUUUUUCUCAUUUGCCAACAACCUAUAGUUUUAUAUUAUCAGUGGGAGAUCAACUGACCUGACUACUCUGCUGAAAUAUUUUCCUAACACCCAUCUGCUAGUCUGAAUUAGAAAAUAACUUUUUAGGUUAUAUCAUUAUGAAACACAUCAGUCUACAGUGCAUAAUUAAAGUAGGAGAAAAUUACAGUUCAAUUAAAGUAGGAGAAAAUAGUGGAAUGUGGAACCAGGUAUUAGCCAAAAGAAUAGGAAUACAAGAUGGUCACAUCAGCAAAGCACUCAUCUAGUAAAUGCGUGGUGACAUAGCAUAACUCUACUGCAGGUUUUGUGGGGAAGCUGAAGGGCUAUGUGGUUAAAACUUGUUUGUUUUGAGCACAGAACUUUGGCAUGUCCAGUAGCUAUCCCAGUGAACCGCACCUUACUCACUUCCUAGCACUUUAGCAUAACUUUGCUGUCUCUAAUCCUUAUCUUGCGGCUCCACUAACAAGUCCUUAUGGACUGCAUAGGUCUAACAAAAAGAUAAACAGUGGUCCAUCUUUCUAUAAUGUAUUGCCACAUCAGUGAUCCAAAAUCCAAUAGUGUAAGUAAAACUGUCAUUUAUCAAUAAAAUGGGGCAGUUUUUUCAUUUUUCUCUGGCAUAUCCAAUGAAGAACUGUUACUGAGGUGCUAAUGUCUUCCAUGGUCAACUGUUGAAUAUAAUAUUUCUACUUUUAUUUUUAUGGGAUCUUACAAUUUGCAAGAAAGACCUCUGAGGUUUUGCGAAGCCUCAGCAUAAUUCCAUACUCAAAGUUCAGGAAGUAAAUAUAACCAAUGAUCAUUCCAACCAACAGUAUGUGACAUAGACUACAAGAACAUCUGAAGCUAUUUAAGUUGUCAUCAAAACUCGAAGUCUGUCCAGUCAAAAUCAUAUUUAAAUGAGUCCCAUUUCAGAAUUUUUAAACCAUCAAUGUUACAUUCAAACUUUGAUAUAUUCACCCUAAUUUGUGUUAACUUUGUGAUAUUUUAUGCUUUUGGUAAACAGUGACUAUAUCUCAACUUUUUCUUUAGCAAUUCACCUUGUAUUAGAAACACAUUUUCUACACUAAGAAUGUCCAUAUUUAGAAGUCCAUAUUGUGUAACUGCAAGUAGACUUUUGAUUACAAACUAUAUACUCUUAAUAAUAUUUUUCCAUCGUACAUUCAGGCAUGACAUAAAUAUUUUUGGUUUAUCUUGCUGCGAUUCAAAUUGCCAAAUAUUCCUUAUGUUUUAGUCUUGACCUGUUAGUGGAGACCACCCACAUAAAUGGACACUGCAGAUAAACAGAUUACAGAAAUGUGUUCCAGCUAACAAUAGCAGUGGCACAAAUCAUUUGAUUUGAGUAAAGACAAGUAAUAAAUCUAAGUAGAUAUGGUUGAGAUUCUUAAGUGUUGAAAUAUGCUUUCAUUGUUAGGGAAAAAUAAUGAAGAUUUAAAUGUACAUAAGAUAUAAAAUUGUAAGCUGCUUAUUAUCCUCAGUUUUCCAGAAGUGAUCACAUAUGAUGCAGUAGAAGAGACCAAAAGUCUUAGAAAAACCAAAAUGGGUUUUGUUUAAAUGUUUCUUUAGCUAUGGCAACUGUCAGAUCUAAAUCAACUACUUCUAGCAUUGCUUUAUCUUGUAGCCUGCAUUCCACAACAGCUCUGUUAUUCAUAAACCACUCGAACUGAGCCGUUUGGAACCUGUCUCUUCUGUAAUAUUUUUCAUUAAGGAGCAAUAUCUUAUUUUGUAAAGUAUUUUCCUGUGUGUGACUUAAAACUGUAAAACUAAAUGUUGGUUUUGUGGUUUCAGUGGACACAAUAAAUACAGAUUGUAAACUA